AUGGGUUUCAAUAAUCCCGGAGUCUACGAGAUCAGGCCGUACCAGGCACCCGGUCUGAGCGCCAACUCCUGGGUUGGUGGUCUGGAAGCUGGUGCAGUGGUCAAGACCUAUGCCCGAAGUUCACCUCCUACCGACAAUGCCCUGUGGCAGGUGGCUCUCGUCGCGGGCUCCGGCAGCUCUGCCGAGUACCUGAUCAUCAACGUGCACUCGGGCUAUUUCCUCACGGCCACGGCCGACGGCACUGUCACGUCCACGCCGCAGAUUUCGCCGAGAGACGCUUCGUGCCACUGGACAAUCACAUCGACUCCAACCCAUGGCUACGACGUGUACAAGGUCAACAACAAGGUGUCCAGCCGCGGUCCGCUGAACGUCGCAGGCAGCUCACUCGACGCCGGGGCCGACAUUGGCGUCUAUGGCAACCCAGGUGACGGCGAUAACUGCAAGUGGUAUUUCGAGCCAAAGUAA